AUGAUACUGCUGAGCCUUGGUCCAAAAUUUGCUUUACCGUACACUCAAAUGUCCACCUUACCGUUUUUCCACCUGAUCGCUGAUAUCGAGAACGCAUUAGCGGCGCAGACAGAUAGACAGUCGAGAGAGCAGACGAGAUGCCGGAUUAUCAACACAACUCAAAAUUUCAUAAACAGAACAGCCUCACUAAUAAACAAUCCGGUGGAAAGAUUCUGUGCGAACGCCGCCACCACUACCAAGAAGUUCAUUAGGUCCAACCCCGACAUUCUCGUCACUGCAGCCGAUAAGGGGAAUCGCACGGUCAUCAUGAACAUUGCAGACUACGACAAUAAGAUGGCACAGCUGAUCGCCGACACAUCAGUCUACCAACUGGUGAAUACUGACCCGACGGACAAGUAUGAGAGGAUGAACAACAACAUCGUACGAAGAUUACACGCCCUACAACUGAUUGAUACCCGGAUGAAAUACAAACUCACGAGCUACAACGCAGUAUGCCCCCGUAUAUACGGACAACCGAAAGCACACAAGCCUAAUCUACCGCUCAGGCCGGUGGUGCCUAACACUACUGCACCGACGUAUGAUCUGUGUAAGUAUAUAGCCGAUAUACUACAACGAUCUCUCAUUAGCCAAUAUAAUGCGAGAGAUUCUAAGUCGUUCUGUGAGUACGUAAACAAUCUCAACAUCCCAGCUGACCACAUACUCGUCUCGUUUGAUGUGGUAUCGUUAUUCACCAAUGUCACUAAGGACGUAGUGACACACGAUAUCAUAAUGAUGUGGAGUGAUAUCAAGGAGCAUACUGGUAUAAACUUAGAUUUAUUCCUUGAAAUCAUCGAGUUUUGUAUAGGAGCAAGUUUCUUCUGUUUCCGAGGAAAAUUUUACCGUCAGAUCAAGGGGUCAGCCAUGGGAAGCCCCCUCUCUCCUAUUCUGGCUGAUAUCGUUAUGGAAAACUUGUUAACCAAAGCGAUAACACAAGCCCAUGUUCCAGUGCAGUUCAUACGAAAGUAUGUAGACGACCUUUUUCUCGUCCUGCACAAAGAUCAGGUAGACCAUACUCUUGCCAUAUUCAAUGAACAAAACCCCAACAUUAAGUUCACGUGUGAAACGGAGGAUCGAGGAAGGUUACCGUUCUUAGAUCUGCUUGUAGUAAGGCACGACGACGGCAGCAUAAAAACCGAUUGGUAUGCUAAACCAAUAUCAUCAGGUAGAAUACUAAACUACCACUCCUUCCACUCUACCGACCAAAAGCUGGCUGUAGUACGUAAUUUCAUUGACCGUGUCCGUGGGCUAAGUACCAUCAAAACUGACGAAGAGAAGAACCAGGUCAUCUACAGUCAGCUCCGUAAAAAUGACUAUCCGCAUAAACUAAUUAGCAGACUGCUGAUACAGCCAGCGAGGGAUGACAGAGUAGAAAAACCAUCCAGCUUCAAAUCUAUUCCGUUCAUCCAUGGCCUCUCUACCACCAUCAAAAAGAUUCUCCAAAACAGCGACCCAACUACGAGCAUCUCUUUCAGUAACCAAAACACUGUGGGGCACUUAUAUCACACAGCUAAAGACCCUGUACCGUACAAAAACAAAAGUAACGUUAUAUAUCAGAUUGCUUGCCGAGACUGCCACGGCAAGUACAUUGGUAUGACGUCGAACAAACUUCGUUGUCGUAUGUACGGACACCAGUCACAUGUAAAUACACUGGACAAACUGCUGUCCAAUGGCCACCAAAACGAAGAUCAUGAAAUCCAACAACUCCGGGGAAAGACAGCAAUGAUCGAUCACUGCAUCCAGUACAACCACCGCUUCGACCUUAACACGCCAGCCAUCCUCGACAGUGCCUACAAAUCACAAGCUCUGCAAGUGUUGGAGAUGUGCCACAUCGCAACUACAACCAACACGGUCAACCAUCGGACUGACACCGACAACCUAAGCUGUGCGUACGCAAAUCUCUUACUCUCGAUCAAAGAUCGAAGAGAGAUGAGGAAUGCGUCGUCAAAAAAAGAGUAA